AUGAAACUCGCCACCUUCCUGCUCCUCCCCGCUCUCCUCCGCGAAACAAUAGCCUACACCACCCUCUCUGACUCCACCCUCCAAUCCCUCCCAUCCCCCAAAGACGACGACUUCAACAUCCACACCGGUAAACUCCUCUCCCCGAUCCUCCGAACCCGAGUCCCAGGAACCCCAGGUCAAGAAGCCGUCCUCUUCCACUUCGUCGACUUCUUCGCCGCCCAACUUCCCCAAUGGAAACUGACCUUUCAAAACUCCACCUCCACGACCCCAACCUCGAAUGGGCGAAAACUACCCUUUCGCAACUUGAUAGCAACACGUGAUCCGCCCUGGGCAGAAAGCGGGGAUGUAGGCCGGUUAGCAUUGGUAGCGCAUUACGAUUCCAAAAUGGAACCAGAGGGCUUCAUAGGCGCCACGGACUCCGCUGCACCCUGCGCCAUGCUCAUGCACGUCGCACGGAGUCUAGAUGCAGCCCUCACAGCCAAAUGGGCUGCGAUGGAAGUCGAGGGCUUAGGAAAGGGCGGGUACGAUGGGUUGGAGGAGCACAAGGGGAUUCAGAUCAUCCUCCUAGACGGCGAGGAAGCGUUCAAAGUCUGGACGCAUACGGAUUCGCUGUACGGUGCACGGAGUCUGGCGGAGGAGUGGGAGAAGACGUAUCAUCCUGCUCUGAGCACAUAUCAGACUCCGUUGGCGAGUAUUGAUCUCUUCGUGCUGUUGGAUCUACUCGGGUCAAAGGACCCGGUUGUGCCGUCGUACUUUAAAACGACGCAUUGGGCGUACCAGCUCAUGGCAUCGGUGGAACAACGACUCAGGUCGGCAAAGAUACUGAAAUCGAAGCCGAGACACCCCUUUCUCGUGGACGCGGAGAAGAAUCAAGAGAGUCGAUGGGGAGGCGGUUACAUCGAGGACGAUCACGUGCCGUUCAUGGCGAGGGGGGUGGAUAUCUUACACAUCAUCACGAGUCCCUUUCCGACUGUUUGGCAUACUAUAAAUGAUGACGGGGAGCAUUUGGAUCUGCCGAGUGUGGAGGAUUGGGCCAUGAUCACGCUUGGGUUUGUAGCGGAGUGGAUGGAUCUGGAGGGGCAUUUCGAUACCACGGCUACUACAGCGCGGCGGGCGAGGCGGGAUAGUGUGGUGGAGGAGGAGGAGCAGGAGGACGGGAGAGAUGAACUGUAA